GCUCGGCGAUGCUGCUCGUCAUCCUCUUUGUCGGGCUGCCCAAGUUUGUCAGGACCCACGCCGAGAAAUUCGAGGCCUGCAUCGAUGUCGAGGAUGCGGACAAGCUGGCCGCUGCAGACCAGUUUGGCAUGGGCCUAGCGAUCAUGAACUCGACGGUCAUGGUGAGCUUCGGCGUCCUCCUGUUUGUGUGCUACCGCCGCGUCUCGCGCGCCUACGAGCCGCGCAUACUCCUGGACUGGCACCGCGAGUACCUGGUGGAGAGAGAGAGACAGGUGCUGCGCGCCCGCAGAGGGCCGCACCCGGGCGCGGACUGCGCGGAGGAGGAGGACUCCACGGGGUGAGCGCGUCAGUGCACACCCUCUGCCCGCUGGCGCGCGCGGCGCACACACAGCGGCCUCGAUACGGCCGACGAUGCGGGUGGGUCCGAUUGCGAUUGAGCACUCGGGCGCGUGUGGGUGUAGCUGCCGAGGCGGCUCCGCCACCAGGCGUCAUCGCUCAUCGGCCCUAGGAAGCAGCGCCGGCCUCUAGUCGCACGCGCUUGCGUUUUUGUUGUGCCUUCCGGGUGGGUGCCGGCCUCUACGCUGGUCGUUUGCCACCGUGGGCGCGCCGGCGUUGAGUGCCAAGCUUGUCACCCCGGCGUGGAGGCGAUGCCAGUCUGUAGCCGUCUAAACUGUGCACU